CGCACGCGCCGUGUGGAGGGUGUUCGUACCACUGUAGAGUUGUUAUGGGCCGGAGGAGAGCGCAGGGUAGCGGGUCUCUGGGCCGGAUACUUAUCCGGCAUCAGACUCAGCGAAACCGCAGCCACCGUCAUACUGACUCCUGGCUGCACACGAGUGAACUCAACGAUGGCUAUGACUGGGGCCGGCUCAAUCUCCAGUCGGUGACGGAACAGAGCUCCCUUGACGACUUCCUCGCCACUGCAGAGCUCGCAGGGACUGAGUUUGUGGCUGAGAAGCUUAAUAUCAAGUUUGUGCUCCCUGAGGCUAGAACUGGACUGCUGUCUUUUGAGGAGAGCCAGAGAAUUAAGAAACUCCAUGAAGAAAACAGACAGUUCUUGUGUAUACCGAGGAGACCAAAUUGGGACAGAAAAACUAGCCCAGAAGAACUGAAGCAGGCAGAGAAAGAUAACUUCCUAAAAUGGAGACGCCAGCUUGUCCGGCUAGAAGAGGAACAAAAGUUGAUAUUGACUCCCUUUGAACGAAAUUUGGACUUCUGGCGCCAGCUCUGGAGGGUCAUUGAGAGAAGUGAUAUUGUGGUCCAGAUAGUAGAUGCUCGAAACCCACUCCUGUUUAGAUGUGAGGAUUUGGAAUGUUACGUGAAGGAGAUAGAUACCGCUAAGGAGAAUGUUAUCCUGAUAAACAAGGCAGACUUGCUGACCGCUGAACAGCGCCUUGCCUGGGCCUCACACUUUGAAAAAGAAGGUGUGAAGGUUAUUUUCUGGUCAGCUUUGGGAGAAGCCCUUCACUCUAAGGACCAAGAAAAUAGUGUUGCUGAAGAAGCCAGCAGAAUUGAGUCUGAAAAUUCCAGUUCGGAUGAGAAUGAACUUCCACGCAGAAAUUGGCUCUCACUUGGUGAGGAGUCCGCAAGUGACGAGGAUGACAGUGAGUAUGAGGACUGUCAGGAGGAGGAGGAGGACUGGCAGACGUGCUCAGAAGACAGCAGCCCUGAGGAGGAGGAAGACGAGGAGGGCUGUGCUCAGGACUGGAAAGAACACUGUUCUGUCGGUUCUGAGACUCAGAACAGGGAAAAACCAGAAAACCAGCAAAUGAACAAUUGUAGCCAGCUGGUGUCAAAGCAGGAACUACUGGAGCUCUUUAAGAAGCUGCACACGGGGAAGAAGGUGAAGGAUGGACAGCUAACUGUUGGGCUGGUGGGCUAUCCUAAUGUUGGGAAGAGCUCAACCAUCAACACUAUCAUGGGCAACAAGAAAGUGUCUGUGUCUGCCACGCCUGGCCACACCAAGCAUUUCCAGACGCUGUAUGUGGAGCCUGGCCUCUGCCUGUGUGACUGCCCGGGCCUGGUGAUGCCGUCCUUUGUGUCUACCAAAGCAGAGAUGAUUUGCAAUGGGAUUCUCCCAAUUGACCAGAUGAGAGAUCACGUUCCACCCGUAUCACUAGUUUGCCAGAAUAUCCCACGACGUGUUUUGGAAGCUACCUAUGGUAUUAACAUUAUAAAACCUAGAGAAGAUGAAGAUCCCUGCCGACCUCCAACCUCAGAAGAGCUGCUAACAGCUUAUGGAUGCAUGCGAGGAUUCAUGACAGCACAUGGACAACCAGACCAGCCUCGAUCUGCACGUUACAUCCUAAAGGACUACGUCAGAGGGAAGCUGCUGUACUGCCACCCUCCUCCUGGGAGAGACCCUGUGACCUUUCAGCAUCAGCACCAGCAGCUCCUGGAGAACAAAACAAAGGGUGAAGAAGUACGGCAGCAGCCGGGCAGAAACCAGAAAGCCAAACAGAUUGAAAAUGUAGUCGACAAAACCUUUUUCCAUCAGGAGAAUGUCAGAGCACUGACCAGAGGGGUCCAGGCUGUGAUGGGCUACAAACCUGGGAGUGGCCCGCUGACCGCAGCUGCUGUGAGUGCUGAGAACGUGACUGGGAAGCCCUGGAAAAAACAUGGCAACAGAAAUAAAAAAGAGAAAAGUCGUAGGCUCUACAAGCACCUGGAUAUGUGAACUGGCUCUACAGAAAUGGCGUCUGCCCUGUGCAGGUAGACAAGGACCAGAGCCACUGCUGCGCAUGGGGCUCUCCAGACACUGGCGCUGUGGAUUGCACCGGAAGUCUUGACAACUGACAGCCUUUGGAAGCACCGACUGUGGCUGUAGUAGUCACCGAGGUGCCCCCAGAAGUGACCUGCAGAAGACUGAUGGAUGUGUGUGUAAACAUACAUACAAAUGCAUAUUAACUUUGAUUUUGAAGUUAUUAAAAUUAA